UCAUCCCUCUCCGCCUCAACUCUUACUCACAUCGCCGCGCACUCACAGCAGCACAGGCGCACUUCAUCUGCGCCCAGCACUCGCGCGCGCUUCCUUCAUCCCUGCACCGACCGCGGCGCACACCUUGCAACCGCAGCAUGGCCACGCCGCCCGCCUCGGCGCCUGCCGCGCUGCCCGCCGGCAGUGCCUCGGACGCCGCCGCCGAGGCAGCAGCGGCAGCGCAGCGCCAAGCCGUCGUGGCGCUGGAACUGGACGAGACCAAGCUGGAUGCCGCCGUCGCCGCGGGCCAGGGCGAGGUGUGGGUGCUGCAGUGGCUUGCCAAGGCCGAGUCGGCGAUCGGCAGCCUGGAUCUGGCGACGUUGCAGCAAGGGCAGCCCAAGCUCGAGGCCGCGCUGCUCAAGCUCCUCUGCGUCUCGCCCGCCGAGGCAGAGGCACAGACCCCGCCUGCCACACCCGCGCCCACUCCUUCGUCGUCGCGCAGCAGCACGCUGCCUCGUCCCGGGCGGCCCGCGCGGCAUCUUCUCGCGCGCUGUCUCGUGCUCGUGCUGGCGCGCACCGACUCGCGCUCGCUCUUCGACAUCGUGCAGACGCUGCUGCGCACGGCCGGCGACGAGGGCAGCAAGAGCCGCGCCGUGCCCGACAAGGAAGUCAAGGCAGCCGCACUCUACGUCGCCGGCGAGAUCUUUGCCAGACUGGGCCACAACGUCAUGAGCCUCUUCAACGAGCUCCUGGCCCUGACGCAGCGCCUCUUCAAGAAUGCAAAUGCACCGGUGCUGGUGCGCUUCCACGCGCUGCUCUGCCUCUCCAAGGCGCUUGCGUCCGGCGCGAGAAGCCUCAACGAUCAGCCGGCAAAGGAGCUGCUGCGCAAUCUGCGCACUGGCCUGGGAGAUCGCGCUGGCGCCGUCGUGCGCGGCUGCGCCGAGUGUCUCCUGGCGCUUUCGCAGCAGAGCGACCUCAUCGCCACGCGCGUCGAGAUCGAGGCGUUGCUCUUUGCCGCGUUCAAGGCCCUCGACACGGCCGACUACGUGACGAAGCGCAGUGUGUCGCGCCUCUGCGCCGUCGUGCUUGCCGGCACGCAGGCGGAGAACUCGGCGCCGCUGCCCGAGAGCGCCGGCAAGGGCAAGAAGAAGAAGAAGGACGGCGCCGCUGAUGCUUCGGACGACGACGAGCCGCCGCCCAGCAGUGCCGCAGACGGCCCUGCCAGGACGCUCUUCUCGCCCAAGGCGAUGCUUGAACAGCUCUCCACGCCGUACCUGCGCUCUGCGGCGUCUCGCCGAGGCCGUGCGGCCGUGCUGGACGUGUACGCCGCGCUGCUGACGCAGCUGGGUCCGACGUGGGUGCUGGCCAACUACGGCAUCAUUCUGCGCCACCUCAUCGACGAUCUGCCCAACCACGCGCGCGGCACUGGCUCGGCCAAUCGCGCCGACGUCCUCUUCCUACGCGCCGGCGUGCGCUUGCUGCUGCGCCGCGUGAUCGGCGAACGGAUGCUGGGCGAGCAAGCACAAGUGGCGGCGCUGCAAGAGAUCAGCAGCGCAUAUCUCAAGCGCUGGCCGGUGCUGAUGCCCGGACAGCAUCCGCCGAGCAAGUACUCGCUCGUGCUGGCGCUCGAUGAGUGUGCCGGUCUGCUGGCGCAGCUCGGCAGUGCGCCGCCGCCGGUGCUCGAUGCGCUGUACGACGCUGUGCUGCGCUGUCUGGCACAUCCGAGCCACUCGGUGCAGAUCAGCGCCGCAUGGUGCCUGCGCACGCUCUGCAGCAUCCAUCCGACGCAUCUCGAGCCGACGAUCGACGCCGUGCUGGCGCUGCUGCAAAAGGACCUGCGCAGCCUCACCACCGCCGAACGCGGCGGCGCCGAGCUGCCGCGGCGCGCCGUCGGACACGCCCGCGGCCUGGCGGCGCUGCUCGAUGUCAUUCCCCGACGCCCGCUGUAUGCCUCCUUCGACGUCAGCUCGCGCAUCUUUGCGCUCGCCACGGCGCUGCUCAAGGGCAGUGCCGAGCACGACUUGCCCAUCUCGGCCGUCGAGAUUCAGGUGGCCUGGACGCUGUUGGGCGCGCUCAUGUCGCUCGGCCCCGGCUUUGUGCGCCUGCAUCUGUCGCAGCUGCAGACGAUGUGGCGCAACGCGCUGCCCAAGCCGGCCCCUGGAUCUGCGCCGCGAGGCGAUGCAGAGACGGGCUUUCUGCUGCAUGUCCGCGAGUGCGCCCUCGGCGCCAUCUACGCCUUUCUCAUCCACAACGCCGAGCUGCUGACGCUCGAUGCAGCACGGCGAGUCGUGGCGCUCCUCGUCAACUCGCUGGCGUUUGUCGAUGCCUUUGCAGCGCAGCAUCCGCAUCUGGCGCAGGAGCAAGUGCCGGGCGCCGAGCGCGGCGCACUCAGUCUGCUCGAUCGCGAACACAUGGUGCGGCGGCGGCUGUUCCAGUGCUUUGCAUGUCUCGCCGGCAGUGCCGCCAUGGACUCGCUCGCCGACAGUCUGCUGCCCGCUGCGCUGGCCACGUUUGCCGAGCCGGAGCGCUACGUUGGCAGCGCGGCACAGGCGGCCAUCGCUGCCAGUGCGGGCAACUUCAGCAGCGUCUGGCUCGCCACGGACGGCUAUGCGUAUGGCUGCACCAGUCUGCUGCGCGACGAGCAGACAUUCAUUGCCGGCGCACCCGAGAGCAAGGGCGCGUAUCCGGCCACGCAGCUCGUCACGCGCGCCGAGUGGCUCAACCGCGACACCGUCGAGGUGCAGCUGGACGCGCUGCAGCGGCGCCCAGUCCUCGGCGCCGCAGAGCACGACCCGCUCAUUCUCUACGCACGUCCGAACGAGGCGGUGACCAGCGACACGCCCGACACGCCGCCGCUGCCGCCGCCCGCCGCGACGGGCAUGGUGGAUGCAGCGCUGCAUCUCUUUGCCGCACUGCUGCCGUUCCAGGCACGCGAGCGGCAGAUCAGCGCCGUCGAGGCGCUCCUGGCGCACACGCGCAGCACACGACUAGAGAAGAAUCCGGCGCGCCGACAGGCCGUGCAGAUGAAUGCCUGCGUGGCGCUGCUGGGCGUGCUGCGCACGGCCACGGCCAGCGCGGGAGGCUCGCGGCGCGCCUCGGGCUUCAACAACGAGCGCCUGACGGCGGCGUUGCGCGACGUGCUCAAGGACGCGCUGCUGCAGGGCGACCGUGCGCUGCGCGCCGCGGCAAGCGAGGCGUACGGCCGACUGGCGGCCAUUGCCGGCUCGCAUGCCAUGUCGUCGCAGGUGCAGUUCCUCGUCGACCAGGUGGUGUCGAACCGCGAUCCCGAUGCGCGCGCCGGCUGUGCGCUGGCAUUCGGCGCCGUGUACAGCGAGGUGGGCGGCCUGUCUGCGGGCCCGCUCACCAAGACGAUCGUCAAUGUGCUCAUGUCGCUCUCCAGCGACCCGCACCCGACGGUGCACUACUCUGCGCUCGAGGCGCUGCGCCGCGUCGUCGAUGCCGCCAGUCUCAGCUACAGCCCCUUUGUGGCCAGCACGCUGGGCAUGCUGGUCAAGCUGUACAUGCUCGACACGCACGACGCCGAGGGCGGCAGUGCCGGCUCGGGCAACCUGCGCGCCGAUCUGCCCGCGCAUCAGGCCGCCUGCCGCGUCAUCAACGCGCUCAUCGGCGUGCUGGGCCCCGACCUGCAGGACUCGGCAAAGGUGCGCGCCCUCGUCCUGACGCUGCUGCACGAGUUUGGCAGCGAGGGCGAUGCGGGCGUCGUCGUAGAGGCCACCAAGGCGACGCAGCACUUCGGCCUCUUUGCCGCGGCGCACCUCGACAUCGCCCAGUGGAUCGCCCAGCUGCGCACGCAUCUCCGCAGCGCGCAUCGCCCGCUGAAGCUUGCGGCGAUCAACAGCUUCUACACGCUCGUGCAGCGCCAGGCGCUCGUCGUCAGCCGUGUCGGCGGCGAUGCGCUGGUGGCCGACUUUUUCGCACAGCUCGACAACGACGCGAGCAUCGACGGCGUGCGCGAGGUGCUCACCAGCUGGCUGCACCAGACGGCCGAGCUGAGCCCCAGCAGCUGGAUCGACCUCUGCCAGCGCAUCAUGAGCCGCGUGGCGAGCGGCGCGGAGGCCAAAGCGGCGCCGGCCGUGCAGCAGCCGGGCGCACUGCAGGACGAGGAGGCCGCUGCGAUUGAUCUGGGCGAGGAGCCCGGCCGCAAUGGUGCGCAGCAGAGCCGCUGGCGCACGCAGCUCUUCGCGCUACAGUGCCUGCACGAGGUGUUCCUCACUGUCCGGCGGUCAGGACGCCUCGAGCACUUUGACACGCCGGCGGCGGGCGCGCGCCAGGUGCUGAUGAGCAGCCGCGUGGGCGACCUCAUCAAGAUGGCGUUCACGGCCAGCACGGCGGGCAACGCGGCGAUCCGCCUCGAAGGCCUCACGGUGCUGCGCGACGUGGUGCAGAACUUUAAGCUCGCGCGCGACCCCGACUUUGAGGAGGCGCUGCUGCUCGAGCAGCACCAGGCGCCCAUCGCCGCUGCUCUCACGCCCGCGUUCACCGCCGACAGCACGCCCGAGGUGCUCGCCGCUGCCGUGCAGGUCUGCGCCGUGUUUGUCGGAUCCGGCGUGGUGCGCGAGGCGGAGCGCAUGGGCCGCAUCCUCAAGCUGCUCGCCGCCGCGCUGGAGAGCUGCAAGGACGCGGCAAUGACGAGCCUCGGCGAUGUGCAGCGCCUCUCGCCCAACGCCACGGCCAUGCUCAAGGUCGCCGUGUUUACCGCCUGGGGCGAGCUGCAAGUGGCGAGCGCGGCGCAGCCGUUCCUCGUGCCCGUCGUGCAGCCGCACAUUGCCGCGCUGGCGCCGUUCUGGAUCGCCAGCCUGCGCGAGUACGCGCGCCUGCGCACCGACCCCGACAGUGCCAGUCUGGCCAUGCCCGGCCCGGGCCCGCAGCUCAACGCCCGCAUCGGCGCGCAGUACGCUGGCCUCACGCGGCAAGUGCUGCUGCCGCACUACGAGCGCGCAUGGUACAAGAUGCUGCAUGCCGUCGCCGAGCUGGUCGAUGCGCGUGACGGCGCGAUCCUGCGCGCCAUGGACGGCCUGGAGGACGACGCACCGGCCGCAGAGUACUCGGCGUUCCGCACCGAGCCGGCGCCCAACUUUGCCGUCUUGUACGGCCUGGCGUUCGAGGCGCUCGCCGGCAGCGCGCCCGACGCGCUGCGCAUCGUCGCGCUGCAGGCGCUGCGCAGUCUCUGUGCGCCGGCAUUUGCCGGCAAUGCGCUGCUCGAGCUGGCGCUCUUCGACGAGCUGCUCAACCUGGCGCGCCGCCUCGUGAUGACGGAAGGGCUGCGCGUGCAGAGCGCCGUGCUGCAACUGCUCGGCAGCAUCGUGCAGCACUACGGCGCGCGCCUGCUCGACGUCGAGCCCACGGACUCGCCACUGGCCGCCGAGGCAAAGCUCACGCAGUGCCUCAGCGUCGUGCUGCACGUCAUGACACAGGCGCACCUGCAGGCCGGCGGCGCCGACGACAAGAUUGCGCUACUGCGCGUGGCGUACGCCACGUAUGCGCAGCUCGAGGCGGCGCACCCGCGCGGCCUGCACGAGGAGCUCGUCUGCGUGGCGCUGUCGGCGUACAGCGACAUGCUCUGCGACGAGCGCGUCGAGCAGGACGUCGUGGCGCCAACGCUGCCGCUGUUCAAGAGCGUGCUGGAGCGUGCGGCACUGGCGCGGCGCGAAGACAGCGACGUGCUGCCGCGCACGCUCCACGCUCUGCUCUCGUCGGCCCUCGGCAACGUCGACGAGCUGCGCACGCGCGCCGGCGCCGCCGUCGAGCUCAAGACGCGCAACAGCCUGCUGCUGCUCGCCAUUGCGCUCACGGCGCUGCCCGCCGAGCUGCCGCCGAGCGCCGCCGUCGUGGAGCACUACUGCUUCCUCCUCGUGCAGAAGCUGCACGACAGCAGCGACAUGGCCGGCGUGGCGCUGAGCUGCGCGCGCAGUCUGGUCCUGGCUGCUGCAGCACGCAACACGCCCGCGCUGCGCUUCGCCGUCGGCCAGCUGCUUCCCGGCCUGCUGGCGCUGCUCGCCAGCCAGAGCACGGCGCUGAGCGAAGUUGAGCCGGACGCCCGCGCGCUGCGCCUCGUCGAGGACGUCGUCAAGCUGCUCGUGGCCUUUGCGACGACUGCGCCCGAGUCGCACCGCACUCGCGCGCUCCUCCUCGUGCUGCCCACGCUGCUCCUGCUUCUCUCGCCCGACUCGCCCGGCGCGGCGCACGGCAGCAGCGCCGCGCAGCUGCUGCUCAUCGCCACGCAGGCGCCGGCGCCCUUCCGCGACGCCACGGCGGCGUUGGACGCGCCGCAGCGCGCGCUCCUCGAGACGAGCGUGCGCGGCGCACUGGCGGGCGCCGCGGCGGCUCGCUCGGCGCCCAGCCAGACGGCACAGAGGCAGGAGGCCAAGAUUGCGCUGCGCAGCUUUGGCUAGGCAGACAGGCGUGCGCAGCGGAGAGGCCGGGGAAUGGCAAACGUGACGAUUUCAGAAGCACUGCUCGCCCUACGCGCUCUGUCCAUGCUGUGCCGCCUGCAGCGCCUCCUCUGCGGCCUUGGCCUCCUCGCCCGUGGCCGCGUCGCCCUCGAGGCCGUCCUGCGAAGCAGGCGUGUCAGAAGAGAAGGCCGAGCGGUGCUUCGCAGGACGAGCGCCAGCAGC